CAUCCCAAUGGAACCAGUAAACGCUUGGGGAAACUCCUCCCUCGUGAGCGUGGACCCCGAAAUCCACGACCUCAUCGAGAAGGAGAAGCGCCGCCAAUGUCGAGGAAUCGAGCUCAUUGCCUCCGAAAACUUCACCUCCUUCGCCGUCAUUGAGGCCCUCGGCAGCGCCUUGACCAACAAGUACUCCGAGGGCAUGCCCGGCAACCGCUAUUACGGCGGCAACGAGUUCAUCGACGAGAUCGAGAACCUGUGCCGCUCACGUGCCCUUCAGGCCUUCCACCUCGACGCCACCAAAUGGGGCGUCAACGUCCAGCCCUACUCCGGUUCUCCUGCCAACUUCGCCGCCUACACCGCCGUCCUCAAUCCCCACGACCGCAUCAUGGGGUUGGACCUUCCCUCUGGCGGUCACCUGACCCACGGGUACUACACUUCCGGCGGGAAGAAGAUCUCGGCCACCUCGAUAUACUUCGAGAGUCUGCCUUACAAGGUCAGUUCCUCAACUGGGUUCAUCGAUUACGACAAGUUGGAGGAGAAGGCCUUGGAUUUCAGGCCACGUUUGAUCAUUUGCGGCGGCAGUGCCUACCCCAGAGACUGGGAUUACGCACGGUUCCGGGCCAUCGCGGAUAAGUGCGGUGCCCUUUUGCUCUGUGACAUGGCUCACAUUAGUGGCCUUGUUGCUGCUCAGGAAGCUGCAAAUCCCUUUGAGUACUGUGACAUUGUCACAACCACAACCCACAAGAGCUUGAGGGGUCCUAGGGCUGGUAUGAUCUUCUACAGGAAGGGACCAAAACCACCCAAGAAGGGCCAGCCCGAGGAUGCAGUUUACGACUUUGAAGACAAGAUCAACUUUGCUGUUUUCCCCUCCCUUCAGGGUGGUCCUCACAAUCACCAGAUUGGUGCCCUAGCUGUUGCUCUUAAGCAGGCCAUGACACCUGGGUUUAAGGCCUAUGCCAAACAAGUCAAGGCCAACGCUGUUGCCCUUGGAAACUACUUGAUGAGCAAGGAUUACAAGCUUGUUACAGGAGGAACAGAGAACCACCUUGUUCUGUGGGAUCUCAGGCCUCUUGGUUUGACCGGCAACAAGGUUGAGAAGCUUUGUGACCUGUGCAACAUUACUGUGAACAAGAAUGCUGUUUUUGGCGACAGCAGUGCCUUGGCUCCUGGAGGAGUAAGAAUUGGUGCCCCGGCCAUGACAUCAAGAGGUUUGGUUGAGAAGGAUUUUGAGAAGAUAGGGGAGUUUCUUCACAGGGCUGUAGCUCUCACCUUGAAAAUCCAGAAGGAGCACGGAAAACUACUCAAGGACUUCAACAAGGGUCUGGUGAACAACAAGGACAUUGAAGAACUCAAGGUUGAUGUUGAGAAGUUCUCCUCCUCAUUUGACAUGCCCGGCUUCUCCUUGGCCGAUAUGAAGUACAAGGAUUAAUCGUAGAUUAGCUGUCGAUUUUUAUGUUUUCCCCCAAUAUCCUUUUUAAAAUUGUCGAGAUGGCGCGUGCUGCCGAGUUUGAGAUGAAAUCCCGUCGGUAACUAGAUGUGUUGGGUUUGUGUUUUCGCUUGUUCAUCAACAAAUAAACAAAGAAAUCUUCAAUUAUUAAAUAUUGGAAAGCGAAAGAUACGAGUUGAUAA